AUGUUGCGUAUGCUUGAGAGCCAGGCGCCGGCCAAGCAGACGGUCACGGACACAAUCAAUAUAUUGAGCAGUCGCCUUGCCAGUGCCACGCUCCUCGAAGACCGACGUGCCGCUAUACUCGGCUUGCGCAGCUUUGCAAAAGAGUACCCUGCUUCCGUGGCCUCGGGUUCCCUACGGGACCUCAUAAGCAGCCUGGCCAAAGAUGCCGCCGAUGUCGACACGACCAAGGUGGUGCUGGAGACGCUGCUCAUGCUCUUCAAUCCGAAUGAGCGUAGUCCUGAAGCAUCAGACGACGUUUCUCUCUGGCUAGCCGAUGAGUUCACAAUACGCCAAGAUAACAUAACGAUUCUGCUUGACCUGCUCGAAGCGCCCGACUUCUAUCCCCGCCUCUACUCCCUUCAGCUCAUCUCCGCCAUCUCCUCCGCAAGGCUUGAAAGGACACAAGAGUGUAUAUAUACGGCCCCGCUAGGGAUCGGCAGGCUUACGGCAACUCUGGACGAUACGAGGGAUGCUAUCCGUAAUGAGGCUCUCCUGCUCCUGACUACCAUCACGCAAUCCCAUGUCGAGCUUCAAAAGAUGGUGGCGUUUGAGAACGCCUUCGAAAGGGUCUUCAAUUUGAUCCAAUCCGACGGUGGACUGAAUGAAGGCGGGAUAGUCGUGCAGGACUGCCUCUCCUUGCUCGCCAACUUGGUCCGCUCCAAUCUUUCCAAUCAAUCGUAUUUCCGCGAGACUGGCUGCUUUGCCAAGUUGGCGGCGCUUCUGCCGGGAGGGUCGCAAGGCCGGAAAUUUCCAGGUCAAGAGCAGGAUGACUGGGCUAGCCCUCAGAAAGAGAAGAAUCUAUGGGGUCUCUUAGCUAUCCUGCGCAUGUUUCUAGUCGCGGGCAGCAAAGGUACGCCAGAGAACCAGAAUGCCUUUCAGAGACAUGGCCUUUUGCAGCAGGUUCUUGACCUUGCUUUCAGCACUGCUACGGCCAUUCAGAUCAGAGCCGAGGCUUUGCAAACUUGCGCAGACAUCAUUAGGGGAAAUGCCAGAUUGCAAGAGAGCUUCGCUCAGAUCCAAGUCACGCCACCAAUCGACCAUCAUGCGACCGCCAACGGCCAGCCACAUCCGAAUGAGGUGAUGAAGAUUUACAUAAUCGAUGCGCUGCUCGAUCUAGCUCUAUCCACCUCCUCCACUCAGAUGUUUGACGUGCGUCUCGGUGCCAUUGACUGUAUCAAAGCCUACUGCCACAACCACAUCCAGAUUCGGCAUCAUUUUCUCCACCGCGCCAUCAAAGGGCAUCUGUCAGGCGAAGACGCGACCGCUAACGCCCUCACCAUCCUGAUUGCCGGACCACAAGCCUUCCAAAGCACCGACCCCUAUCGAUUCUGGUUCGCCUCUGUCCUUCUCUUCCACCUUAUAUACGAUGACCCUGAAGCCAAAGCACUCCUGAUGGACGUCAUCGAAGGCGACGCUGAGGCCGGCGAAGACGUCGUCACCGCCAUCCAAGCUAUGGCCAGCCACCUAAUCACCAGCCUUCAACCCAGCACCGCGCAAGACGAGCGCGUCGCAAUCGGCUACCUCAUGCUCCUAUGUGGCCUACUCUUCGACUCCGCCGCGGCCACCAACGAUUUCCUUGGCGAAGCUAUCACCGUUAACAGCCUCGCCUCCUUUGUAUCUAAGAGCCCCGCCUCCCGUGUCUUGACCAAAGGCCUCUGUGCAGCCCUGCUCGGCACAACUUACGAGUUCAGCACCGCCGACUCCCCGCUUCCCCGGCGCCAACUCCACGCCAUACUCACCUCCGAAAAAGACCUCGGCCGCGAUCGCUACCUUGAUGCGCUGACCCAACUGCGGCAGCACCCCCUCAUCCGUGACUUUGAGGUUCUUCCCCAGACCGCCGCGGCCGGAUCCCCGGCCGCUGGCCUCCCCAACAUCUUCUUCGAUGCCGCAUUCGUUGCUUUCCUCAAGGACAACUUCUCACGCCUCGCGCGGGCCAUCGAUCGGGACCCCGGCCUCGAGAUCCACCUCAAAAGCCCUGAGGCUGUGGAUAGAGACAUCCUAGACUCUCUGCGCGGCGCGCUCGCGGAAAAGGACGCAGCCCUGCAGACCGCGGAAGCCGAGGCUUUGGACCUGCAGCAGCGGCUAGAGGUGCAGGCUGCGGAUGCAUGGAAAACGGCCGAAGCGGCGGCAGCGGAAUUGGGCAGGUUGCAGGCGGGCGCCGCGGCGGAGAUAGGCAGGAUUGGCGCGAUUAAUGAGGCACUGCAGCGGAACCACGAUGCAGAGAUGCGCGAGCGAGACCAGGCGCACCAAGCGCGGGUGCAGGUGGUGGAGGCGCAGCUGCAGCGGCAGAGCCAUGCGCUGGCGGUUGAGAUGGCGCAGGUGAGGAAGGAAGCGGCGGAUGCGGGGGCGAGGGUUCGGGCGGGGUAUGAGACCCAACUUGCGAGUUUGAGGCAGGAGAAGGAGGCUUUGCAUGGUCAGAAGAGCGUUGCGGAGGAGAGGCUCAGGAAGGUGGAGGAGUUACAAGCAAAGGAGCAGAUGGAGACGGAGGCCGAGGUUCACGUCACUCAGAUCUCAGAACUCGGCAGCAGGAUCGAGGAGUACGAAAGCCGGAUGCAGAGGUAUCAAGACCAGAGGGCUGCCGCGGAGAAAGAGGCGGGCGAGAAGAUCGAGGCGCUUAGGCGGGAACUGGAUGAGAAGGAACAGGAAGCGAAGAAGCGGGCUGAGGCGAUGCAGAAGGAGGUCGAGGAGAAGGAAGAGGAGAGGGUGAGGGUGCAGGGGGAGUUGGAUGAUCUACUCAUGGUGCUGGGAGAUUUGGAGGACAAGCGGACGAAAGAUAAGAAACGGCUGAAAGAGCUGGGGCAGGAGACUUCAGACGCGGAGGAUGAUGAUGGUGAGGAAGACGAAGGGGGUGAGGAGGAUGAAGACGACGGAGAGGGCGGAGAUGGUAAUGAGUCGGAAGAUGAUAAGUCGAGAUAG